AUGUCCAACCCAGUUCGUUUGAGGUGCAACCAGUAUGGCAAGGCGUACUCUGCUAGUGUCUGCAUCGAAGAACACUCUGCCUGGCUGUAUAAGCAGGCAAACACACCGUUCAAUCAACGCCGGGGGACAUCCCCGCAUGCUAGUUUACCCCAGCCCCAUUUUGGUGCAUGCAUGCUCUAUCAGCGUAUACACUUGCAGCUGCAGGAGCAGCAGCAGCAUUGGCAUGAGGGGGAGCGAGCCUACGUCAUAGCAGCAGCAGCAGCAACAAACGGCAGCAGCAGGCGCAAUAACAACAGCAGCAGGAACAGCAGCAGCAGCAGCAGCAGCAGGGUGUUGCUGCAGCAGAUGGGCCAGCGUCGCCGUUUGCCUAGCCGCCCUGUGGGGGGCGCUGCCCCGCUGCAGCAGCCUGCGGUGUAUGCAGAAGAGUUUAUGAGGGCUCCUCGUCGGUUGCAGCCGCUGCUGAGGAGCAGCAGAUAUCCCCCAGAGGAGCAGCACUUGCUGCUCCCACCUUCAAAGAGAGGCCCCCCUGCAGCAGGGGAGUGGCUGCAGCAUCGGCGCCAACCGCCGCCUGCAGCAGCAGCAGCAGCAGCAGAUGUAGGGGCUCCGAAGCGGCAGCAGAAUCAGCAGCAGCAGCAUCGGAGACGAGUAAUCCUGCAGGAAUGCCCCAGGGCUGCUGCGGGAGAGCCCCGUGCUGCAAGGGAAGCAGCAGCAGCAGCAACAACUGCAGCAGCAGCAACAGGUGAAGCAGGCACCAAAGGGAAAGACAUACGCGGAAGAAAUCCGGCAGUAGCAGCAAAAGAAGAGACAGCUGCAGCAACAAGGUCUGCAGCAGCUAAGACGCGGGCAGGGCAUGCAGAGCCUGCAGCAGCAGCAUCAGCAGCAGCAGCACCACUUCGAGCCAGACGCCCUUCUGCUGCAGCAGCAGAAUCUGAAGCAAGCACAUCUGCAGCAAAGGAUCGUGGUGAAGGAGCAGCAGCAGCAUCAGGAGGAGCUGCUGCUGCUGCUGCAGACACGUCACCUCCCGAAAAGAAGCCAGCAGCACCAAAGACUGCAGCAGCAGCAACAUCAGCAGCAAGCCCUGCAGCAUCUGCUGAAGCCGGGGCAGGAGAAGCAAGACAUGCUAGACGCGCAGAUACAGCAGCAGCAAGCGCCUCACCAGAAGCAGCAGAUACCUCAGCAGCGGCAGCAGACACCUCAGCAGCAGCACCGAGUGCGUCUGCAGCAGCAGCAGCAAAUACUGCAGCACCAGCAGAAGCAAAACGUGCUGCUGUCCGCGAGGCACCAGCAGCAGCAGCAGCAACUGCAGGGGCUGCUGCAGCAACGGCAGCAGGCCAAGGAACGAAGAGGACAGUCGUAUUAACCAGCAGGCUCCCUGUUGCUGCAGCAGCAGCAACAACAACACCAGCAGCAGCAACAGCAGCAGCAGCAACAACUGAAGCAACAGCAGAGAGGAACGGAGAAGGGAGAGAGAGGCAACGGGAGGCUCUUGCACGUGCAGCUGCUGCUGGCGCCGCUUCAACUGAACAUCAAGUGUGUCGCAACAGCAGCAGCGGCAGCAGCAGCAGCAGCAGCAGCAACAGCAGCAGCAGCAGCAACUGCCUGCAUGAGAGGCAGGAUCGAGGAACUGAGGGCUCUGAUUUGCCUGUCGUCAUCUGCGACUUAAGCCGAUAUACCAAGGGACAGAUAGGUUUUCGCUGGCGCACUGCAGCAGAAGCAGCAGCUGGCAUCGGGGGCCCCAUCUGCGGAGGCAGCGGAUGCAAGACCCAGCAGAAGCAGCAAGAGACUGCAGCAGCAUUGCGUUUGCUGCAGCAGCAAAUUGCUGCUCUCCGCGAAGAGAGGGGCCUCCCUGAUGAAGAUUUCUUACGUGCUGCUUUGCUGCAGUGCAGCAAAGAGAAGGAAGCAGCAGCAGCAAAGGUGGACAAGUUGCAAGCAGCAGCAGCUGCUGCUGCCGCAGAAGCUCGAUCUGCUGGCUUUGCUGCAGCAGCAAGCAAAGCAAACGGGGACCGCAGCAGCAAAAGACUGGAAGAUGCCGCAGCACGUGCUGCUGAUCGGGCUGCUGCUGCUGCUGCUUCUCUAGAGGACGCAACACAGGCUGCCGCAGCAGCGACUGCAGCAGCAGAGGAAGCAGCAGCAGCAGUAGCAGCUGCUGCUGCUGCUAUCGACCUUACUCAAGAUCAUAAGAUGCGGCGGCUGCUGGAGCAGCAGCACCACCUGCAGCAGCAGCAGCGGGCUCUGGUGCAGUGCCGUGUCUGCGUGCGCUGCGCCUUUAAGUUGAAUUAUGAUGCCCUGCGGAAGGAGACCCACAGAGAGGAGACACGGAGACGGCUGGAGAAGCAGCAGCAGCGGCUGCUGCGGCAGUUGAGGCGGCUUGAGAGGAGAAGCGCCUCUCGCAGCAGCAGCAGCAGCAGCAGCAGCAGCAGCAGCAGCAGCAGCAGGUGCCUCAUUAGGAAAAGAAAGAAAGGAGCAACCCAGACGCUGGCGCGGGGUGUAUGCCCACCUCUAGCACCGGGGGAAAUCGUCCGGGUCAGCAGCAGCAGCAGCAGAAGCAGCAGCAGCAGCAGCAACAGAAGCAACAGCAGAGACGCCGCUGAGGCGUUUAUCAUCUCCAGCAGCAGCAGCGACAGCAGCAGCGACACAGAUUCUUCUGUUGUGUUUAGCGGGCACCAUCAAGCUGCAGCCAGCAAGGACUCUGCUGCACCACCAGCUGCUGCAGCAACAGCAGCAAAAGACUCAGCUGGCGGAGCAGCAGCACCAGCUCCUGCUGCUGCUCCGCACGUAGCAGAUCCCGCGUCUUCAAAGGCAGCAGCAGCAGCAGCAGCGCCACGGGCUGCAGCAGCACACGCUCAGCCCAGCAAUGGUCGCAGCAGGAGCCCUGGAGGGCAGCACUUAGGGCAGCAAGACAUAGAGCAGCUGCAGCAGCGGCACCAGCAGCAGCAACAGCAGAGUAACGUGCGGCAUAUACCAACUAGCUGGGGCCGCAGUGUCAGCCGAAGCGUUAGCAGAAGCAUCAGCAGAAGCCCCGCCAGCUGUCCCCGCAGCCGCAGCAGAAGCAGCAGCAGCACCAGGAGCAGGCUUUGCAGCAGCAGCAGCAGCAGCAGCAGCAGCAGCAGUAGCAGCAGCAGCAGCAGCAGCAGCACCUGCUGUGCUACGGAGACCUCGAGGCAGCUGGGGGGCACCCCAGCGCCUUCGGUAGAACCACACCGGAGCAGCAAACCUUCUGAUGGCAGCAGCUCCCCUGUGCUUAAGCCCCAAAGGAGCAGCAGCAGCAGCAGCAGCAGCAGCAGCAAACUGGGAGGCAGCGAGAGCCACAGCAAAAGGAACGGAAACACCAGUAGCAGCAGCAGCAGCAACAACAACAGCGGAUGCACUAUGGAGGCCACUAAAAGGUAUGGAGACAGCAGCAGCAGCAGCAGCAGCAGCAGCAGCAGCAAUCCUCAAGGCAGCCGAAACGCCCGAUAUGACAGCAGCACAAACGCCAGCUGCAGGUUGGCUCCUCGUAACAGCAGCAAUAACAGAAGCCGCAGCAGCAGCAGCAGAUAUAGGCCCCGAAGCAGCAGCAGCAACAGCAAAUAUCCUACGUAUAGCAGCAGCAGCAGGCGUCCCCCUGACAGCAACAGCAGCAGCAGAUACCCGCCCUAUGGCAAUAUAAACAGAUACCCCGUCAACUGUAGCAGCAACGGCAGCAGCAGCAGCAGCAGCGGAUAUCCUCUCUACAGCAGCAACAGCAGAUACCCGCCCUGCAUCAGCAGCAGGGACCCGCGGUUUGGCAGCAGCAGCAGCAGCGAAUACCCUCCCUAUAGCAGCAGCAGAAUGCCCCCUUAUGGCAGCAGCAGCAGCAGCAGACAUCCGCCCUUAAGCAGCAGCAGCAGCAGAUACCCGCCUUAUGAAAACAGCAGAAUCAGCCUCCCGCCGGGCAGCAGCAGCAGCAGCAGACUACCCCCUUACAGUACUGGCAGCAGCAGCAGCAGAUACCCGCCUUACAGCAGCAGCAGCAGCAGAUACCCGCCUUACAGCGGCGGCAGCAACAGCCGAUACCCCCCUUACAACAGCAGCAGCAGCAGCAGCAGAUACCCCCCUUACAGCAGCAACAGCAGCAGCAGAUACCCCCCUUACAGCACCAGCAGCAGCAGCAGACACCCUCCUUACAGCAGCAGCAGCAGCAGCAGAACUGGGGCUUACACCGGAAGAGCCCCUGAGUUGAGCAACCGGUUCAGCAGCCGCAGCAGGAGCGGCAGCAGCAGCUACCGCAGCAGCAGCCGAAGGAGGCAGCAUUUGGUAGAGCGAAACAGCAGCGGUCAAAGGGGCCUCAGCAGCAGCAGCAGCAGCAACAGAAGGGUCCACCCCAUGCGCAGCAGCAGCCGCAGCAUUUCCCUGGAGAGACGGGUAAAGGAGACAGCAGCAAAUAACAGCAGCAGGGAUGCCAGGCUCGGAAGACACCGCAGCAGCAGCCGCAGCAGCCGCAGGAGCAGCAGCAGCAGGAGACAGAAUUUCCGUGCACCCCACAGAACGCCGGCGUGCCGAGCGCAUGCAGCAAAGCCCGUUGCGGCUUCUGCUGCUGCUGCUGCUGCUGUUGCUGCUUCUGGCGGGGCGAGAGCGGGCGCUGACGGCCCCUGCAGCAGGGAAGCAGCAGCAGCGCACAAGGACAGAGGGCCCUUUGUGCAGGAGACACCUGAGCAAGCAGCAGCAGGAGCAGCAGCAGCAGCAGUAGCAGCAGCACGGCAGGAAGAAAGAAAGGCAGGGCCGUUGGCAUCUGGGGAGCUGUUGUAUGAAGAAGCAAAAUGCGCAAGUGACCCUGCUGCAGCAGCUGCUGCAGCGGUUGCUGCUGCCGAGGACGCAGCAGCACAAGAAGCAGCAGCUGCAGCAGCAGAAGAUGAAGCAGUUGUUGCAGCAGCAGACGCAGAAGCUGCUGCUGCAUGCGGAAACAUGGAUUACCACCGGCUCUCCUUGAGCGCCUCCUCUCCUCUUCGAGAGUAG